CCUCGCUGCUCUUUUCCAGCACAUACAACAAAUCGCCCUCACGAAUCUCCAACUCCCCCUCUGCCUGAGGAUGAUAGUCGUAGACGGCCGUGUACACUCCCAAGAACCCCAUCGCUGAUGCCGGGGCCUCCCUCUCUCUCUCUCUCUCUCUCUCUCUCUCUCGAAUCAACAACCUCUCCGAGAGAAGGCAAUGACCUUCCUGUGGAUAAUCCUCGAUCUCCGGCUCUUUUCGCAGCGAGUAGCCGACCGGACAGACGCGGAGGGGGAGGAACUGUGCUCUGUUGCUCACCCUGGGGUUUGUUGUGCCUCGAUUCGAGGUCGGUCGCAACCAGACGGUCGGUUCGGGGUGGGUUGAGGGGCGAGGCGGAGCCCGGAAAGGGUUGCCUUAGUCAGAAGAGGGUCGUGAUGAUUACUAUGGAAAAAGACAUGAUAAAAUAAUAAUGGCAAUGAUCACUAUGUUGAGGGUAAAUUACGCCAGGACGACCCAAGACACCAAUUCGACCUCCACAUCGUCUUCUUCCGGAUCGUCGGCUUGUUCUUGCGAUGGUGGCUCGUGCUGGUCUGCCGCGACAUCCUCCUGCUCGGUCUUGUCGGUCUU